AUGACAAUCUUCGUAAAUACUCUCCUGGCAUUCUUCUGGUUGACAGUGUGCUUCUACCAGACUGUUGCCCUAGGAAAACUGAGGAGAAUUAUCGAUAAAAUGUGUCCGCACAGAUUCCGGAGCAGGUUUCUGUGGUGCCAGAAUCCGAAGAUGACGUUGCUGUUCUCUGGGCUUGCAUUGUGAGUCUUUUUGAAUCUUCUCAUUUGUCUAUCCGCUUUUGUUAACGAGAGUGGGAAAGGUGCACAUAUUCGGUGUUUAUCAUUUGGGCUUGUUGUACCCAACGGAGGGCGCUGCGGAAGCUGAGGGCUUGGCAUGCGGUUCAGAGGAGGUUUGGAAAGUAUGAGGAUGAGCCGGGAGCUGGGGAGAGUGUUACAAGGCUGGAUGAGCUCGGGAGCAGAAGGAUGGGUGGAAGUAUCGGCACCGGUGUGGGUGAGAGGACAAGGUAG